AGCUCAGAGAACAAUGCCACAUGCAGGGCCAGUCCCACCCUGGUGUCUAAACCCUACUACAGAGUGGACCUCUUCAACAGGUACAUGAACAAUGUCCUGCUCACCUCAGUGCUGGUUACCAUCAUCGGGAACAACACUGUGGCACACAUUGGCACCAAGGACGGCAGGCUGCUACAGGUACAGUCACUGUGUGUGUGUUAGUGUGUUUGUGUUACAGUAAAGUCACUGAGACGUCUAGUGGGGGUAGAUUGAGCUAUAUUUAAAAAUUGUACCAUGUGCAUGACUGUCUUUUCUCAAGUGUUUUCCAAUGAAGAUCAUUAGCUCUCUCAGCACUUUAACCAACCUAAGUAGAAUAUAUUAUAAAUCCAUUCCUUUCAUAGGUCUGCCAUGGCUCAAUGUUAUAACUGUAGUGUAUUUGACUGUUGUAGCUCAUCCUGAGGAGGUCAGGUCCUAUCAUCUUUGCCAACUAUUCUCUGGGUGAGGAAACAGAAGUGUCCAGGAAAGCUGCUGUGCAAUCUGAUGAGUCCUUGCUUUUUAUUGUUGGAAAUAAGGUGCCUUUUCUAUUCAAUCAUAAAUGCUCAUUACCACACUUUGCUUAUUUGUUUUACUUUUGACUUCUAAAGGCAGAGCAUACUGUAAUAAUGUAUUUCCCACUCCCUUUAUUUUCUCUCUCUCUUCCCUCUCUCUUCCUCUCUCUCCUGUUCUCUCUCUUCCCUCUCUCUUCCUCUCUCUCCUGUUCUCUCCUGUUCCCUCUGUUCACACCUCUCUGUCCUGUUCUCUCCUGUUCCCUCUGUUCACACCUCUCUCUUCCGCUCUCUCCUGUUCUCUCUCUUCCCCCUUCUCUCCAUCUCUUCACCCCCUCUCUUCCUCUCUCUCCUGUUCUCUCCUGUUCCCUCUCUUCACCCCCUCGCUUCCUCUCUCUCCUGUUCUCUCUCUUCCCUCUCUCCCCCUCUCUUCACUCCUCUCUCUUCCUCUUUCUCUGUAACAGAUGUUCAGUGUGUCUCCUAAAGGGCCAGGAUGUAAACACUUCCUGACCUGCUCCACAUGCCUGGUAGCGCCCAGGUUUAUAGGGUGUGGCUGGUGCUCGGGGGUGUGCUCCAGGCAGGAGGAGUGCCCCACCCAGUGGAAGAAUGAGUCCUGUCCUCCCGUUAUCACAGAGGUAAGACUACUGGGAGUAGGGAGUGGCUCUUUUAAACCGGUCCUCUGUUAUAAAUGUCAGAACAACGACCACCAAACACGUGGGUCGAAGAAACCAACACAUUGGCAAUAGAAUAUUUGAAAGUGAGUAGUUGAGCAUUUGAAGAAAAUGUGUAAAGCAUUUGUGGAAAUGUCAACUGCAUCUGAUUGUAUUGUAUUGGGGAUCCAGUUUUUCCCAAAGACAGCUCCCCCUGAUGGUGAGACAGAGCUUAAGCUGUGUGGCUGGGAGUUCCAGUCUCCUCUACGACCAGCCAUCAUCAGCAAGGAGACCCACCUGGUGAGGGUGGGAGAGACCCCCUGCACUGUGCUGUCAGAGAAGAGCAAUAGUACACAGUAAGUAACAGACACAUCUAAACUUCAAAUCAACUCCGUCAAAUCACCUCAUCAUUUUGUUAUUAUUUAGGCUGUAGUCAACACUGAUCUUUCACCCUGACCACUCCUAGACUGGUGUGUAGAAUUCACCCUAAGAUUCCAGGUCCAUACCAGGAUCUCAACAUCACUGUGGAAGUGCAUGAGGGGAAGGUGGAGGGACGCUACUCAAUCCAAGGGCAGGCCCAAAUUACAGGGUUCACUUUUGUGGUGAGGAGGAUCACAUUUAUUUUACUGUUGACACAACUUUUCAUUCAAAACAAUAUACACUGCUCAAAAAAAAUAAAGGGAACACUAAAAUAACACAUCCUAGAUCUGAAUGAAUGAAAUAAUCUUAUUAAAUACUUUUUUCUUUACAUAGUUGAAUGUGCUGACAACAAUAUCACACACAAAUUAUCAAUGGAAAUCAAAUUUAUCAACCCAUGGAGGUCUGGAUUUGGAGUCACCCUCAAAAUUAAAGUGGAAAACCACACUACAGGCUGAUCCAACUUUGAUGUAAUGUCCUUAAAACAAGUCAGGCCUCCACGUGCCUGUAUGACCUCCCUACAACGCCUGGGCAUGCUCCUGAUGAGGUGGCGGAUGGUCUCCUGAGGGAUCUCCUCCCAGACCUGGACUAAAGCAUCCGCCAACUUCUGGACAGUCUGUGGUGCAACGUGGCGUUGGUGGAUGGAGCGAGACAUGAUGUCCCAGAUGUGCUCAAUUGGAUUCAGGUCUGGGAAACGGGCGGGCCAGUCCAUAGCAUCAAUGCCGUCCUCUUGCAAGAACUGCUGACACACUCCAGCCACAUGAGGUCUAGCAUUGUCUUGCAUUAGGAGGAACCCAGGGCCAACCGCACCAGCAUAUGGUCUCACAAGGGGUCUGAGGAUCUCAUCUCGGUACCUAAUGGCAGUCAGGCUACCUCUGGCGAGCACACGGAGGGCUGUGCGGCCCCCCAAAGAAAUGCCUACCCCACACCAUGACUGACCCACCGCCAAACCGGUCAUGCUGGAGGAUGUUGCAGGCAGCAGAACGUUCUCCACGGCGUCUCCAGACUCUGUCAUGUCUGUCACGUGCUCAGUGUGAACCUGCUUUCAUCUGUGAACAGCACAGGGAACCAGUGGCGAAUUUGCCAAUCUUGGUGUUCUCUGGCAAAUGCCAAACGUCCUGCACGGUGUUGGGCUGUAAGCACAACCCCCACCUGUGGAUGUCGGGCCCUCAUACCACCCUCAUGGAGUCUGUUUCUGACCGUUUUAGCAGACACAUGCACAUUUGUGGCCUCCUGCUCCUCCUUGCACAAAGGCGGAGGUAGCAGUCCUGCUGCUGGGUUGUUGCCCUCCUACGGCCUCCUCCACGUCCCUGAUGUACUGGCCUGUCUCCUGGUUGCGCCUCCAUGCUCUGGACACUACGCUGACAGACACAGCAAACCUUCUUGCCACAACUCGCAUUGAUGUGCCAUCCUGGAUGAGCAGCACUACCUGAGCCACUUGUGUGGGUUGUAGACUCUGUCUCAUGCUACCACUAGAGUGAAAGCACCGCCAGCAUUCAAAAGUGACCAAAACAUCAGCCAGGAAGCAUAGGAACUGAGAAGUGGUCUGUGGUCACCACCUGCAAAACCAGUCCUUUAUUGGGGGUGUCUUGCUAAUUGCCUAUAAUUUGCACCUGUUGUCUAUUCCAUUUGCACAACAGCAUGUGACAUUUAUUGUCAAUUAGUGUUGCUUCCUAAGUGGACAGUUUGAUUUCACAGAAGUGUGAUUGACUUGGAGUUACAUUGUGUUGUUUAAAUGUUCCCUUAAUUUUUUUGAGCAGUGUAUUUCAUCCACCCUAAUGUCUACAAUUCUAUCCAGGAGCCAAAUAUCACAGAAAUCAUGCCUGACUACGGGCCUCAGGUAGGGGGGACUUUGGUCACACUGACAGGGCCUCACUUGAAUACUGGGAUGAUUAAGACUGUGACUAUAGGAGACCAAGACUGCCCCAUCAAGAGGUAAUUAUGUCUCAUUGUAACUGUAGAACCUGUGCCUUUCAUGGUACAUAUGUAUUUUACUGUUUCUGUCUGGAUCUAUAUCAGUGUCCAUAAUUUUAUGUUCUUGUCUUACUGUGUCUCUGUCAGUGUCUCUGAGGGUACUGGGACCAUGUCCUCCAUAGUCUGCCUGUCUAAAGGCGUGGCAGCUGUGAAGAAGGUGCCCGUGAGGGUUUUCAUUGACCAAUCCCAGGUGUCCACUACCAAGAUGUUCCACUACAAGAUCAACCCUGUGAUCACUGAGAUACAGCCUGCCUGCAGCUUCCGAAGGUAGGCCAUACAACUGUAUACUAGCCACUAGGCAUCAUCUGUGUGCUUCUGGGCCUAGCUGACUGACCUGCAAAUGCGCUAUAUAAAACUGUAGAAAACUGUUAAUUGCACACAGAUGAUGAUGACGAGAAGACAGUGAUAAGGCAAAUGUAUUCAGGGCAGUGCCUACACUUUUAGCUGAGGGAAAACAUGCUGUGCAGGAAAUGUGCAAUCUCUCUUGAGGCAAUGAGGUAAACCUAAGUGAGGAUGUUGGGAUUAGCCAACAGAAAUAUACAUGCUAAGACCUGUUGUUUUACAAUGCUGUGUCUUUUCUGGGUCAGAUUUCAGUAACUGCCACAACCAUUUGAAUCAUAAUAGAGAAUAAACUGCAAAUAGUGCUGGUUUCUCUGGUUUCUACAGUCAGCAACGUUGACCUCUAACACCAAGUCUGUAUAUGUUUUUUUUUUCUUUGUUCAAUCCUGUGAUUUAGUGGAUCCAAGAUCAUCAUCAAAGGCAAAAAUCUGGACUCUGCGUACAACACUGUGAUCCAAUACAAAUCCUUCAGACCCAACCAGAAGAAGCUUCUGCAGCGUGUAAGUUAUCUUUCAGGGCUCACAACUCUGGGCUUCAUAAACCUAUGAUGGGGGUAAUAUCCAUUAAAUGCCAGUCUUUGAUUUUAUUUGAUUAAAUGACCCCAGAGACACUAUUUGAUGUGUUGAAUGUAACCCAGGUCUGCAACGGCACAGCAACCCCCACACGUAUGGAGUGCUUUGCCCCAGUCUUCCACAGAAAUGAGACAGACAAGGGCAUGAUCAAUAUCAGCAUGGAUGGGGCCAAUCUCCUGAAGCAGCGCUUCGACUACCAACCAGACGCCAGCAUCACCCCCUUUGAGUACGAAGGCAACGUUCUGAGCCUGAGCCCUGGACAGACUGAGGUUUCACUGCAUGUACGUUCACAAUCAUACACACAGGACUCAGCUUUGAAGAGAGCCAAUUGUGUAGUCAGUCAGUCAAUAAAUCAUCAUUGUUUUCAACCAUUACAGUAACUCUAGAUUAACCAAUUGAUUGAUGGGUAAAUCUAACCAUAAUUGUUGUUGUGCAAGUAGUUGAUUUCUUCAUUUAUUAGGUACCAGUGGGCAAAGCUGGUUGAAAUGACAUAAUUUCAACCAGUUUACAACUGAAAGUGUGUAAUCUGGUUUUAAGGAUGUACAGUUGAAGUCAGAAGUUUACAUACACCUUAGCCAAAUACAUUUAAACUCAGUUUUUCACAAUUCCUGACAUUUAAUCCUAGUAAAAAUUCCCUGUCUUUGGUCAGUUAGGAUCACCACUUUAUUUUAAGAAUGUGAAAUGUCAGAAUAAUAGUAGAGAGAAUUAUUUAUUAUAUAGCUUUUAUUUAUUUCAUCACAUUCCCAGUGGGUCAGAAGUUUACAUACACUCAAUUAGUAUGUGGUAGCAUUGCCUUUAAAUUGUUUAACUUGGGUCAAACGUUUCAGGUAGCCUUCCACAAGCUUCCCAAAAUAAGUUGGGUGAAUGUUGACCCAUUCCUCCAGACAGAGCUGGUGUAACUGAGUCAGGUUUGUAGGCCUCCUUGCUCGCACACGCUUUUUCAGUUCUGCCCACAAAUGUUUUAUAGGAUUGAGGUCAGGGCUUUGUGAUGGUCACUUCAAUACCUUGACUUUGUUGUCCUUAAGCCAUUUUGCCACAACUUUGGAAGUAUGCUUGGGUUCAUUGUCCAUUUGGAAGACCCAUUUGCAACCAAGCUUUAACUUCCUGACUGAUGUCUUGAGAUGUUGCUUCAAUAUAUCCACAUCAUUUCCCUUCCUCAUGAUGCCAUCUAUUUUGUGAAGUGCACCAGUCCCUCCUGCAGCAAAGCACCCCCACAGCAUGAUGCUGCCACCCCCGUGCUUCACGGUUGGGAUGGUGUUCUUGGGCUUGCAAGCCACCCUCCUUUUCCUCCAAACAUAACGAUGGUCAUUAUGGCCAAACAGUUCUAUUUUUGUUUCAUCAGACCAGAGGACAUUUCUCCAAAAAGUACGAUCUUUGUCCUCAUGUGCAGUUGCAAACCGUAGUCUGGCUUUUUUAUGGCGGUUUUGGAGCAGUGGCUUCUUCCUUGCUGAGCGGCCUUUCAGGUUAUGUUGAUAUAGGACUUGUUUUACUGUGGAUAUAGAUGCUUUUGUUCCUGUUUCCUCCAGCAUCUUCAGAAGGUCCUUUGCUGUUGUUCUGGGAUUGAUUUGCACUUUUCACACCAAAGUACGUUCAUCUCUAGGAGACAGAACGCGUCUCCUUCCUGAGCGGUAUGACGGCUGCGUCGUCCCAUGGUGUUUAUACUUGAAUACUAUUGUUUGUACAGAUGAACGCGGUACCCUCAGGCUUGGAAAUUGCUCCCAAGGGUGAACCAGACUUGUGGAGGUCUAAAAAAAAAAUUCUGAGGUCUUGGCUGAGUUCUUUUGAUUUUCCCAUGAUGUCAAGCAAAGAGGCACUGAGCUUGAAGGUAGGCCUUGAAAUACAUUCACAGGUACACCUCCAAUUGACUGAAAUGAUGUCAAUUAGCCUAUCAGAAGCUUCUAAAGCCAUGACAUCAUUUUUGGGAAUUUUACAAGCUGUUUAAAGGCACCGUCAAUUUAGUGUAUGUAAACUUCUGACCCACUGGAAUUGUGAUACAGUGAAUUCUAAGUGAAAUAAUCUGUCUUUAAACAAUUGUUGAAAAAAUUACUUGUGUCAUGCACAAAGUAGAUGUCCUAACCGACUUGCCAAAACUAUAGUUUGUUAACAAGAAAUUUGUGGAGUGGUUGAAAAACGAGUUUGAAUGACUCCAACCUAAAUGUUUGUAAACCUCCGACUUCAACUGUAAUUUCAACCAGUUCCUCAAUAAGAGUUUUCGCAUGUUCUGCAGCACAACAAGCUAAGCAUGGUGAGCCUCUGUAUGGAGAUCAUAAUGACCAUCGGAGGUGUGGACUGUGGAGUCCAAGUACUGGACAAUGAACUGACCUGCAGGAUCCCCAAGGAUCUCAUCAUCCCCAGUGAAGGUUUGCCUGUCAUGGUGAGCUACUCUACUUGCUGUAAUGGUGAACCUAAUUGAACUUAAUCCUUAAGAGUCGAAACCGGGGUGGCUAUUAGCCCAUAGAAAGCAUUUAAUAUCAGAUUCAUACAAGGAAAAGCAAAUAGUCAAAAAAUAAAUCAAAAGGAACUUUGUUUUAAAGUGUCUUUCUUAUAUCUGAGAGAUAUACAGUGAAGGAAAAAAGUAUUUGAUCCCCUGCUGAAUUUGUACGUUUGCCCACUGACAAAGACAUGAUAAGUCUAUAAUUUUAAUGGUAGGUUUUUUUUAACAGUGAGAGACAGAAUAACAACAAAAAAAUCCAGAAAAACUAAUGUCAAAAAUGUUAUAAAUUGAUUUGCAUUUUAAUGAGGGAAAUAAGUAUUUGACCCCUCUGCAAAACAUGACUUAGUACUUGUUGGCAAUCACAGAGGUCAGACGUUUCUUGUAGUUGGCCACCAGGUUUGCACACAUCUCAGGAGGGAUUUUGUUCCACUCCUCUUUGCAGAUCUUCUCCAAGUCAUUAAGGUUUCGAGGCUGACGUUUGGCAACUCGAACCUUCAGCUCCCUCCACAGAUUUUCUAUGGGAUUAAGGUCUGGAGACUGGCUAGGCCACUCCAGGACCUUAAUGUGCUUCUUCUUGAGCCACUCCUUUGUUGCCUUGGCCGUGUGUUUUGGGUCAUUGUCAUGCUGGAAUACCCAUCCACAACCCAUUUUCAAUGCCCUGGCUGAGGGAAGGAGGUUCUCACCCAAGAUUUGACGGUACAUGGCCCCGUCCAUCGUCCCUUUGAUGCAGUGAAGUUGUCCUGUCCCCUUAGCAGAAAAACACCCCCAAAGCAUAAUGUUUCCACCUCCAUGUUUGACGGUGGGGAUGGUGUUCUUGGGGUCAUAGGCAGCAUUCCUCCUCCUCCAAACACGGCGAGUUGAGUUGAUGCCAAAGAGCUUGAUGUUGGUCUCAUCUGACCACAACACUUUCACCCAGUUCUCCUCUGAAUCAUUCAGAUGUUCAUUGGCAAACUUCAGACAGCAAUGUAUAUGUGCUUUCUUGAGCAGGGGGACCUUGCAGGCGCUGCAGGAUUUCAGUCAUUCACGGCGUAAUGUGUUACCAAUUGUUUUCUUGGUGACUAUGGUCCCAGCUGCCUUGAGAUCAUUGACAAGAUCCUCCCGUGUAGUUCUAGGCUGAAACCUCACUGUUCUCAUGAUCAUUGCAACUCCACGAGGUGAGAUCUCGCAUGGAGCCCCAGGCCGAGGGAGACUGACAGUUAUUUUGUGUUUCUUCCAUUUGCGAGUAAUCGCACCAACUGUUGUCACCUUCUCACCAAGCCGCUUGGCGAUGGUCUUGUAGCCCAUUCCAGCCUUGUGUAGGUCUACAAUCUUGUCCCUGACAUGCUUGGAGAACUCUUUGGUCUUGGCCAUGGUGGAGAGUUUGGAAUCUGAUUGAUUGAUUGCUUCUGUGGAGAGGUGUCUUUUAUACAGGUAACAAGCUGAGAUUAGGAGCACUCCCUUUAUAAAAGACACCUGGGAGCCAGAAAUCUUUCUGAUUGAGAGGGGGUCAAAUACUUAUUUCCCUCAUUGAAAUGCAAAUCAAUUUAUAACAUUUUUGACAUGCGUUUUUCUGGAUUUUUUUGUUGUUAUUCUGUCUCUCACUGUUCAAAUAAACCUACCAUUAAAAUUAUAGACUGAUCAUUUCUUUGUCAGUGGGCAAAUGUACAAAAUCAGCAGGGGAUCAAAUACUUUUUUCCCACACUGUAAGAAAGAUCAUGAAAUUAUUUCCCCAAAAAUGUUUUACCCAUACUUAACCCAUUUUUCUGGGGCACUAAACUACUUCCAUAUACACAAUUUAUUAGGUACACCACCCCCGUCAUGAAAAUGGAUCGCUUCUACAGACAGCGAGUCACGUGGCCAUGGCUUGCUAUAUAAAGCAGGCAGACAGGCAUUGAGGCAUUCAGUUACUGUUCGAUUGAACGUUAGAAUGGGCAAAACGAGGGACCUAAGUGACUUUGAGCAUGGUAUGAUCGUCGGUGCCAGGCGCGCCAGAUCCAGUAUCUCAGAAACGUCCGCCCUCCUGGGCUUUUACGCAUUACAUUGUCUAGGGUUUACCGAGAAUGGUGCAACAAACAAAAAACAUUCAAUCAGCGGCAGUCCUGUGGGCAAAAACAGCUCGUUGAUGAUAGAGGUUGAUGGAGAAUGGCAAGAAUCGUGCGAGCUAACAGGCAUUGAUAUUUGAAUUUCUGUUUACUUCCUGAAUUGAAAUGGAAUUUACCCUAACCUUGAAAGCAAACCAUCAAUCCAUUAGUAAACUGGUCCUAAAGUAAAGUGAUACCAAACUGAUCCCAGAGUAAGGUGUGAGCAAUAUCCUGGUUUCUGUCCUAGGUGUCUGUGAAUGGCCGUGCCUAUAAGGUGGGCACGGUGGUCUUCGUCAACAACACCAUCAACACAGUGGGUAUCAUGUUGGGAAUUUUCACUGCGUUGUGUGUUGGCGCUGCCCUGGCCUUCAUCAUCAUGAAACAUAUGAGGAGGAAGAAGAACGGUGAGAACCGUUACUGUCUGUGGAAUUCGCUACAAGAUGUACUUUCAUCUACCAGUACAUUUACCAGCACUCUUAAAUAAUGGCACGGGUUAGACAGACCUACAUUUUUAUGCCUUUAACAAUUGUUGUUAUGUAAUCAAUAACUUACCAUGUGUGCAACUAAGACAUUUAAUGUUUUCUACUAGGUAUCUGAAGUUUUUGCUUUGACUUGAGUAUGUACUGUAUAUGGCAAUCUAAUUCAUUAUGUUGAUUAAAAAAUUUCAGCUAAAUUAGAGACUCGUUUAGCAAGGAUGUUUGUCCGCAGUCAGAUAAGCAGCAACCCUGACCUAUCCCCCACUGGUGACUAUAGACGAGGUGAGAUCCUUGGUGUGAACAUUUAUUAUGGUUCAUUAAUCUUAUGAUUCAUAUUCAUUAAUCAAUGGUUUCUCUUGCCGUGUCUCCUCUGUACUCCAGAAUGGUCCAACCAGGUGAGCCAGGCGACAGGCUCAGGAGGGAUAGCCUUCCAUGGCCUGGUCAACGCUGCCACCUUUGACCCCUCAGCCAUGCCUCUGAUCUCAUUGGACACACUGAGACCUGAGCUCCUGGAGGAGGUCAAAGACGUCCUGAUCCCAGCCAACACGCUCAAUGUUCACCGCAACCAGAUCAUCGGCAAAGGUAUGGUCUGGAUAGCCUGUUCCAAGAUCUUGCCGACACCUAUGGUCAUUGUCACGCCACACAGAUCGGGAUCUCCUCAGAUACAGACUGAGAGAAGCAAAAUGGGUCUGGUAGUCAUCUUCAUUAGAAUCCAACUAUUUCUACUCAUUCACCUGUUCAUUCUUUUUUUUACUAGACUAGAGCCAUAUCCCCAAAAACUCUGAUGUAAUUUUGUCGUUAUUCAGGUCAUUUUGGGACUGUGUACCACGGCUACCUGACAGACAACAAUAAUCAAGAACAGUUAAUUCACUGUGCUGUUAAGUCAUUGAACAGUAAGUGGAUUCUUCUCAUUUUGUUGGGAUGAGCCCUCAUGCCAUAAACAACUGUGCUAGUCACCUGUGGUGUAUAUCCUGCUUGGUACACAUAGUUCAAUUCUCUCCCUCUCUCUUUCACAGGGAUCACAGACCUGGAGGAGGUGGAGCAGUUUCUGAGAGAGGGCAUCCUGAUGAAGGGGUUCCAUCACACCAACGUUCUCUCCCUGCUGGGUAUCCUGCUGCCUCUGGAGGGGCUUCCCUUGGUGGUGCUGCCCUAUAUGAAACAUGGAGACCUGCGCCACUUCAUACUCUGUGAAAGGAGGGUAAGUUAAAGGCCUACUCUUCCUCAUACUUCAUAAUAACAAAGUAUAGCCACUAGUCAGCUCGUCAGAGAGAAUAUACGUAUUUCUUUUUCAUGAAUGACUCCUGUGUCACCUCUCUUCCUCCAGAAUCCAACAGUGAAAGACCUGAUUGGCUUUGGGCUACAGGUUGCCAAAGGGAUGGAGUACCUGGCCCAGAAGAAGUUUGUACACAGAGACCUGGCAGCUCGAAACUGCAUGUAAGUGCAGGGCAGCUCUAUCACUCGUUAGUGUUUCGUGAAGGCUAUUUCUCAAUCCAGUGCCUGGUUGUCCCAUCUAUAAUAUCUGUCUAUUAUCUAUUGUCUCUUUAGGCUUGAUGAAACAUUCACGGUGAAGGUGGCAGAUUUCGGCAUGGCCAGGGAUGUGUUUGGUAAGGAGUACUACAGUAUUCAGGACCAGAGGAAGGCCAAGCUGCCAGUCAAGUGGAUGGCCAUAGAGAGCCUUCAAAUACAGAAGUUCACCACUAAGUCAGACGUGGUGAGUGAAUAUGAUUCAAUUCCAAUUACCUUAUAGCCACUGUAACCUGUAUACUGUAUCUAUCUUACAGUACGAAAAAGUAUGAAAAUAGAUGCACUCACUACUGUAAGUCGCUCUGGCUAAAUGAUGUAAAUGUUCUUGUAAAUGUACUCGAGCUCUUUAUCCCUUGUCUUCACAGUGGUCAUUUGGGGUCCUGAUGUGGGAGCUGUUGACCAGAGGAGCGAGCCCCUAUCCUGAAGUGGACCCCUAUGACAUCACUCACUUCCUGUUGAAGGGACGCAGGCUGCCCCAGCCACAGUUCUGCCCUGAUGCUUUGUAAGUAAUCUACUGUAAGAUCAUUUUAACGGGCAACUGGCCGCAUGUUAAAAUGUCAGUCAGGGUCUCAAACUGACUGUUGAGAGUUAGAAUAGUAGAAUACACAAGGUGCAAUUUAGAAAUGUGAUUGUGCAUCAGCAGUUUUUCUAUUUUUAUGUCAGUCACUGACAGUCACUCAAUUAGAGCAUGGCGGCUAAACAUUUUUAGAUUGGUAAGUUGGUCUAGUCAGCUAUCUAAACUUGUAGUAAACAUUGAUUUUGUUUUCACUCUCACUCAGAUAUCAUAACAUGGCAUAAGUCAGGGCAAAAUGUUUAGAAUUGAAGGAAAUUAGCUGUAAAACUGCUAAUUGUUCUCUCCGCCCCAUGGCAAGAUGAGUAGAAUUGCAUGAAAUUAGUUAUAAAAUUGCAAAAUCUUUUCUCUGCCGCAAGGCAAAAUAGGUAGAAUUGCAGCAAACAUGCUUUAAAACUGCAAAAUUUUCUCUACGCCCCAUGAAAAAAUCUAUAGAAUUGCAGGAAAAAAAUUUUCUCUCCGCUGUCAAGAGGGGGGGGGGGGGCAGUUUAAAUGUUUUGCUUAGGACCUCCAAAAGGCUAGGGCCGGCUCUGACUGCAUGUGUGGGUAUGGAUGUGGGUACACAGACCCGCGAGCCACUGCAGCCCCUCAUGAUGUGUUCAGGUUUUUUUGUGGCCCCCACCCCAAUCAAAGUUACCCAUCCCUGAUCUACAGCUAUUCUAUCACAGUCGUUUAUAGCUGUUGUUGUUGCAUUAGGAACUCUGUCAUGGUUGUUGACAGCUGUUGUCAUUGUUCUAUACUGUAGCUCUGUCAUGCUAUUGUUUCUCUACAGGUACUCUAUCAUGCUGGAGUGCUGGGACCCAGAGCCGGAGCUCAGGCCUGACUUCCACACGCUGGGCCAGGAGGUGCUAGAGAUCCUGUCCUGCCUGGAGGGAGAGCAUUAUAUCAGCCUGAAGGUGACCUACGUCAACCUGGACCAGCCACGGCCUUACCCUGCACUGACCGCCUCUGCUGAUGAGGUUGAAGCCUCUGGAUCAGACUCAGACAGCGUUGUGUCCAGCUGAGGACCACAGAGCCUCAGGGGUCAACAGAACUGACCGGACCGGACCAUACCAUACCAUACCAGAACUUACUGGACCAGACCAGACCAGGACAGGGACAAUAGAGCGUGGUCAGAGGGCACGGAUGGGGGCAUGACUAUUCACCAUAGAUGGAGGACUCCCCCUAUUCCCAUCCACAACGCAGUAUAAUUGUUAACUUCUGUUACUCAAGACUGGAUUGGUAAGGAAUAGAAUAUUGAUUAUUGACUAAGAAGACCUUGUGAAAUGUGUCUACUUGUGUGAGCAUUGACACUGAAUUUCAACGUAGUUUCCCCUUCCUUGUGAGUACACAAAUUAUGACUAUAUCAUAUUUGUCUGUACUUUCAAUGCACUUGUGUUUUUUUUUAAGUAAGAUUGUCAGGUGAAGAAAUUGUAUUUAUAAUGGGACACCAAAUGAACCCUCUCCAUGUCUGAAGCACAGCUGUAAAUAAGAACAAAUGAAUAUACAGUAUACUGUAUGUCUGAAAUGUGUAUAUGUGUUAUAAUAACUAAGGACUAUGAUUUGAGCUUGACAUGUUUAAAUCAGAUGGAUUUCACAUUUGACAGUCAGAUUUUAUCACUUUUUUUGCUGGCAUCCAAAGAUAUGUCUUAGAGAUGGUCAUUUGUGUUGAUGAUCAUUUGAUGUAUGGUACUGAAUGUGGCCACUGACUCAACUGGUCAUUCUCAAGCAUACUUCUGAGAGGAUAAUUCAGUGAACCAAACUAGCGUUGUUUAUGGGUAUCUGCUAGCGUUCUAGUAGAUACACAGAGACUUCCAGUCAUUGUGCUAACA